UACUCGGGUGGCAGAAUUAAACGCGGGACGUCUCGAUGAUGAUCUUUCAUCAGAAUCAUCGUCAGAACCAUCGCCUUUAAUCUCAAGAAGCAAUUCCCAUCAGGAAUGAAGCAAAUAGUAACUAAUCAAACAGUAAAAAUCCCAGAGGGAUUAAUUGUUACAGUCAAAUCCCGUCUGGUAACGGUAAAAGGACCAAGAGGUGUAUUGAAACGAUCUUUCAAACAUCUUGCACUUGAUAUUCGUAUGGUCAGCCCAAGAUUACUGAAGGUAGAAAAAUGGUUUGGUACGAAGAAAGAAUUAGCUGCCGUUCGUACCGUAUGCUCUCAUAUUGAGAAUAUGCUUAAAGGUGUGACGAAAGGAUAUCAAUAUAAAAUGCGAGCUGUAUAUGCCCAUUUCCCUAUCAACUGUGUGACUACAGAGAAUAAUACAGUCAUAGAAAUUCGUAAUUUCUUGGGCGAGAAGUACAUACGUCGUGUCAAAAUGGCACCAGGUGUCACUGUCGCAAAUUCUGGCAAACAAAAAGAUGAAUUAAUUAUAGAAGGAAAUUCCUUAGAAGAUGUAUCUCGUUCAGCUGCACUUAUUCAGCAGUCCACUACAGUGAAAAAUAAGGACAUCAGAAAGUUUUUGGAUGGACUUUAUGUGUCCGAAAAAACAACAGUUGUACAAGAUGAUGAAUAAAGUAUUUAAUGUACAAUUGAAUAAUGGAAUUUAUUGACAUACUUUUAUUGUGUGUGUGUGUG